AUGGAAGAAUUCAGAUCUAACUCGUACAGUGAUGGACGGAACUAUCAAUUGGAGAGGUACGAUUACGGCAGCAAAACCUACUCUAACCCGAACCCAGUUGGGCUACAAGAUCUCAGAUGUUACAGUGCUUCGUAUGCAUCAUCUUCGGCAGCAAAUAAUGCCCAGAUGGAGAUGCCUAAAGAUGUGAAGUUCAAGAAAGGGAAGUCCACUAAUGGGAGUAUCUCCAAAAGUUGGAGCUUUAGCGAUCCUGAGUUGCAGCGGAAGAAGAGGGUUGCUAGCUACAAGGUUUAUGCUGUUGAAGGUAAAGUCAAAGGGUCUUUCAAGAAGAGCUUUCGGUGGAUUAAAGAGAGGUACACUAAAGUGGUCUAUGGUUGGAGAUGA